AUGCUGGCCCCCAAAACCGCCGCUUUCCCGGCGCCCCUGAGCACCGGCAACUCCAUGGUGCCGAAUGUCUCGAGUGGUGCCAUGCCGCCCUCGAGGCGGGCGCCUACGAUCCCGAAUCAACCCACCUCAUAUGCCAGCCCGACCGAGUCCGAAUUUUCCGAGAGCGACGGCCCCGACGCCGUCAAGAACUGGGACGAAGAGAAGGUCUGCGAAUACCUUCGAAGCGUCAAGUGUGGCGAGUACGAGAAGCUGUUCCGCAAGAACCACAUCAACGGCGAGAACCUGCUCGAACUCGACAAGGAUGUCCUUAAAGAGAUGGGUAUUGAGAAGGUCGGCGACCGCGUCCGCCUCUUCCUCGGUAUUAAGAAGCUGAGGACAAAGGCGUACGCGAACCAGAAGAAGCGGAAUAGAGAUUCGUUUGGCGGCCUCGAGCAGUACACGCCGUCCUCAGGCGGCUCCCCGCGGCCGUCUGCGUCGAGUGCUCGCACGAUGCCGACCCCUUCUCUCAACAAACGCUAUUCGAGACAGUACGACACUCUCCCGAUCGAGAACACUUCGUCUUCCCGGCCUACUUCGCCGUUGCCCAAUUCAGACGCCAUUCGUCCUUUGCGUCCGCGAUAUGGCCAAAGUCCCGGCUAUGUGAGUAACGUCGGGGCGUCCGUCCCUCAGACCGGCCGAUUGAAUCAGGAUGUCAUCCGUGUCAUUUCAACAGGAGGCGUCACCAAGGUUGUCAAGAUUGCCGACUGCAACACUUGCGAGGAAGUCAUGAGAGUCACCCUUCGAAAAUUCGCCCUACGAGAGGACCACGAGAGAAAUUACUGCUUUUGGGUCUUGGCUGGCGUUGAGCCCGACCCCAACCAGUGCAGACGCCUCGGCGACACGGAACUCUGGCGCAUCAUCAAAGACCAGAAGCGCCCCGAACGCAACCGCUUGAUUCUGCGCCGCGUGCCUGCCGGUGAGCCCGGUAUGCCCGAGCUCGAGAGAGCCGCAGGCAUCGCAAUCGAGGAGGCCCAGCAGAACCACAGUCGCGCCCUCGAGAGCGUCGACAAGAGAAGCCAGAUGAAGGUACAGAAGCUAUUGGGCGAGAGGUGGAACGACGAGCUGCAGAGCCCUCUCUCUCCCGUCUCUUUCCGUGACCGUGAGCGUAACGUCUACAACACCGCCAAAGAACUCGAACGUCCAGCAUCCAAUGACGGCCCUAGGUCCGCCGGACCUAGGAGGAACAAGGGUAUUCUUCGGUCUUUCGGUGGCUUGCGACCUCCUAGCGAGCUGAUUGCUUCUGACCUCACGUCCUACUUCCCUGAUCACCCGAGAGAGGAGAUUGACCGCACCGCCCGUCUGUCAAUGAGGAGGUCAACCCGCUUGAGCAAGGUCAACAGUCGACUCAGCGUGGCCAGCAACCUGAGCUUCGCAUCCAGCAUCCAAGAUGCACCCCCUAUCCCCACAAUUGCCGACAGCUGGCUCAAUGCUUCCAACAACAUGAUCAAGCCUCGUUCCGGCCUUCGCACCACGCACGCCUUCCGCGACUCGGUCGCGUCUUCAAUGCUCGACACACUCCAGGAGGAGUCGCCCGUCGAGCCGAACCGCAAGUCUUACGUCUCGUUUGCCGACAGCUCUGACGGCGCUAGUGCCGCCGCCUUGAGCGUCACGGAUCCCGAAGGAAACGUCACUAGACGCAGCUACUUUGACGCUGAUGGUUCAACGGGAUCUGGCUCUCUCAAGGAUCUCACACAGGCGCUCAAUGAGGACGGGGAGGAUGCCGACGAGGAGCUGGAGAGCUUCCUCGCAGGAGAGUCCUGGUCUGAUGAUAAAUGGAUGAAGGGAGCCAUGAUCGGCCAGGGUUCCUUCGGCUGUGUCUACCUUGCGCUACAUGCCGUCACCGGUGAACUCCUGGCUGUGAAGCAGGUUGAGGCUCCUGCUCCAGGUGCCAACAGCCAGAACGACGCACGAAAGAAGAGUAUGAUCGAGGCCCUUAAGCGGGAAAUCAGUCUGCUCCGCGACCUUCGACACCCGAAUAUUGUUCAGUAUCUUGGUUGCAGCUCGUCGUCCGAGUACCUCAACAUUUUCCUCGAGUACGUUCCCGGUGGCUCAGUGCAGACGAUGCUCAACUCAUAUGGCGCACUGCCCGAACCCUUGGUUCGCAGCUUCGUCCGCCAGAUUCUCACUGGUCUGUCGUAUCUGCACAACCGGGACAUCAUCCACAGAGAUAUCAAGGGUGCCAACAUUCUCGUCGACAACAAGGGUACCAUCAAGAUUUCCGAUUUCGGUAUCUCCAAGAAGCUCGAGGCGUCCAACAUCCUCAGCGGCGCGAACAACAACAAGCACCGCCCGUCACUCCAGGGCUCCGUCUUCUGGAUGGCUCCUGAGGUCGUCAAGCAGACAUCAUACACCCGCAAGGCCGAUAUCUGGUCCCUCGGCUGCCUCGUCGUCGAGAUGAUGACCGGCACACACCCCUACCCCGACUGCAGUCAGCUGCAAGCCAUCUUCAAGAUUGGCGGCGGCAAGGCUGCGCCUACGAUUCCAGAGCAUGCGUCCGAAGACGCCCAGACGUUCCUUUCGCAAACCUUCGAGAUCGACCACAACCUGCGUCCAAGUGCCGAUGACCUCAUGCUCAGUCCUUUCCUCACCCCUAUCACAUAA